CUGAUGGUUGUUUUUCCUGCAGCUAGCUUGAGAUUGAACAACAACAAAAAAUGACCGAAACUCUGAACGGAGCGGCGUGUGAUGUCGUGACGGUGCACAACUUCUCGGAGAAGAUUUCGGAGCAGGUCGUUCACUUCCACGUGAUGAAGCUCAGCGGGGGGUUCUUCCUGUGGGUCGGAUCCACUCCGGUGCUGUCCAACCUGGCGGUCUCCAUGAGCAGCAAAUUUGAUUCGAUGCCUUUAUCCACUUUAGUCAUGGGGGACCCGUCCGAUACUGCUGCAAGCUCCUUGGCUCAGAGAUUAGCGAAGAGGACCAAAAAGCAGGUUUUUGUGAGUUACAGUAUUCCCAUGACGGACUCCAGUCUCGGUCUUCUGGUGGAGAACAGGAUCAAAAAGGAGCUGGAGCUUCACCCCGAACACUUCUGAACUCACAUCAUCGUUUCCUGAGCGUCUCUUUUUUUUUUUUUUUUUUUUUUUUUUUAGAAAAACGUUUGCUGCCCCUUUUUUUGUCCCGAUACUGUAAAUGCAUUCUGACAUAAAGAACCACAAACAGUCACAUCAAGUGUUCUUUUAUUGACAUAAUAAAUUAAGUGGUUUAUUAUCAAAACAUGUAGGCCUAUGGCUUUUUGUACAAAUGCAUCAUAUUAAAAAAAUAACACUUAGAAAACAG